CUUUCAUUUUUUUAUAAUCAAAAGCUAGACCUACUGUGUGUGAGAGAGAAAGCAUAAACAAAGUGUGCAAUGCGCACAGUGGCGCAAAAUAUGCUGUCCCCAUUCCGUUUCUCCGGCUAAACUUCUUUUUCUUCAGUUACAUUUUAUUUUUUCUUCUUCAUUUCUCACAAUGACAACACAAAUUACUCCCUCAUUUCUGAUCAUUUUCUUACUGUGCACCAUUUCACUAACAUACGCCGACCGUUCCGAAAUCGAAGCACUCACACACUUCAAAAACAACCUACAAGAUCCGCUAAAUGCACUUGCCAGCUGGACCGACUCAACGCUGUCGGCUCCAUGUGACUGGCGAGGCAUUGUUUGUUCGAAAGACGGCCAUGUAACUGACAUCCGACUUCCACGGCUUCAGUUACAUGGUCCACUUUCAGACAAACUUGCUAACCUGCGCAUGUUGCGUAGGUUAAGCCUCAGGUCCAAUAGUUUCAACGGAAGCAUUCCGUCAUCUAUUGUAACAAAAUGUACUUUGUUACAAUAUGUUUUUCUUCAGUACAACUCUUUAUCCGGAACAAUUCCGGAUAAUAUCUCUAGUCUAAACGGACUAGUGAUAUUGAAUGUGGCCGGAAACAAUAUUUCCGGCCACGUUCCGUAUAACUUACCUGUAAGUUUACGGUAUUUCGACGUGUCCUCCAACUCGUUAUCCGGUGAACUACCGUCAGAUAAUUUUUUGCAAGAGAUUCAAGUGUUGAAUUUUUCAUAUAAUCGAUUUACAGGAGCGAUUCCCGAGAAAUACGGAGCGUUACAGAAUUUACAGUUUUUGUGGCUUGAUAAUAAUAACUUACAAGGGACGUUACCGUCCGCGCUAGCUAACUGUACUGCGUUAGUUCAUUUCAGCGCGGACGGUAACGCAAUAGGAGGAGUUAUUCCUUCGGGAAUAGGCUCGCUCCCAAAGCUAGAAGUGAUUUCACUAGCUCAUAACAAUCUUACUGGUAUGAUUCCUGAUUCGAUUUUUUGUAGUGAUAAACCAGCUAAUAAUAUUCGGAAUGUUCGGUUAGGGUUUAAUGCAUUUACAGGUUUAGUAAAGCCAGAUAGAAAUUGUGAUAGUGUUCUAGAAGUGGUGGAUGUACAGAACAAUCAGAUUGAAGGAAAGUUUCCUUUGUGGUUAAGUAAUGUAUCUACAUUGACUGAUUUAGAUCUUUCUGGUAAUCAUUUUUCGGGUAGGAUUCCGAGUGAGAUUGGGAACUUGAAGCGGUUGGAGGAGUUGAAGUUAGCGAAUAAUUCGUUAACUGGUUUGUUUCCUAGUGAGAUUAUGCAGAUAAGUAAUUUGAAAGUUUUGAAUCUUGAAGGGAAUUUGUUUACUGGUGAGAUUCCUAAGUUUUUGAGUGAGUUAAAAGGGCUUAAGAUGUUGUAUUUGGGUGGAAAUCGGUUUAAUGGUAGCAUUCCUUCGAGCUUUAGUGGCCUUGUAGAGCUCGAAACUUUGAGCUUAAGAGAUAAUAGUCUUGCUGGAAGUUUGCCUGAAGAGAUUAUGUCUAUGAGCAAUCUUACAAUGUUGGACCUUGAGGGAAACCGGUUUUCUGGUGAGAUACCGGUUACUAUUGGGAAUUUGAAAGGGUUAUCGGUUUUGAACUUGAGUGGGAAUGUGUUUUCUGGUAAGAUUCCGGGAAGUAUUGGGAGUCUUUAUAAGUUGACUGCUCUUGAUUUAAGUAGACAGAAUCUCACCGGAGAGUUGCCGUUGGAUCUUUUUGGUUUGCCUAAUUUGCAAGUGGUUGCUUUGCAAGAGAAUUCGUUUUCCGGUGAUGUUCCUGAAGGUUUCAGCAGCUUAUUAGGUUUGCGUUACUUGAAUCUUUCUUCGAAUUUGUUUUCUGGUCACAUUCCUUCAACUUUUAGCUAUCUUAAGUCAUUAGUUGCUCUGUCUUUGUCAAAUAACAAUGUGUCUGGUAAGAUCCCACCAGAGAUUGGCAAUUGUUCCCAACUUCAGGUUCUUGAUCUUGGUUCAAAUGGUUUAAGUGGGCGAAUUCCAUAUGAUGUAUCAAGGCUAUCUCAUUUGACCGAACUCAAUUUGAGUAAGAACAAUCUUUCUGGUCAGAUUCCAGAGUCUUUAUCCUAUUUGUCAAACCUCACUUCACUUGACCUUAGUUCAAAUAGUUUGGAUGGUGAGAUCCCGGCAAAUCUUACAGCCAUUCCAAGCUUGAUGUAUUUGAAUGUGUCUAGCAAUAACCUCCAAGGGGAAAUACCAGAACCAUUGGCUUCUAGAUUCGACAAUGAAUCUCUUUUUGAUGGUAAUAAUGGUUUAUGUGGGAAGCCAUUGAACAGAAAAUGCGAGGGGGAAAGUAGCGGUAGUAGAAAAAGAACGAUUUGGUUGAUUGUUGCAGCUGCUACAGGAGCUAUUUUCAUGUCCGUAUGCUGUUGUUUCUACACAUACAGUUUCUUUAAAUGGCGGAAAAGGAUCAUAGAAAGGGCAAAAGCAGGGGAAAAAAAGAGAACUAGUCCUCAACGAAGUUCGGGUACUCGAAGUAGUGGUGAAAAUGGAGGCCCAAAGCUUGUAAUGUUCAACAACAAGAUCACUUUGGCUGAAACCCUUGAAGCAACCCGACAAUUUGAUGAAGAAAAUGUUUUGAGUAGAACACGGUUUGGGUUGAUCUUCAAAGCAUGUUAUAAUGAUGGGAUGGUGUUGUCUAUACGUAGGCUGCAAAACGGGCUGCUUGAAGAGAACAUGUUUAAAAAGGAAGCUGAAUUGCUUGGGAAAGUUCGUCACAGGAAUUUGACCGUUCUUCGUGGGUAUUAUGCAGGGCCACCUGACCUAAGGCUGCUAGUAUAUGACUACAUGCCAAAUGGAAACCUUGCGACACUGUUACAAGAGGCUUCGCACCAAGAUGGCCAUGUUUUGAAUUGGCCCAUGAGGCAUUUGAUCGCCCUUGGCAUUGCUCGUGGGCUUGCUUUCCUUCAUUCGACCACCAUGGUUCAUGGAGAUAUCAAGCCCCAAAAUGUACUCUUUGAUGCCGAUUUUGAAGCCCAUGUAUCUGAAUUCGGGCUAACUCCUCUCGCAACUAUCCGGUCACCAGAAGCUGCCACUUCCACUUCUGGUACAGUCGGGACAUUGGGCUACGUAUCACCUGAAGCAAUACUAACCAGUGAAGUCACAAAGGAAUCAGACGUCUACAGUUUUGGCAUAGUGUUGCUCGAGCUGUUAACCGGGAAGAAGCCAGUAAUGUUCACACAAGAUGAAGACAUUGUCAAAUGGGUCAAAAGACAAUUACAAAGAGGCCAAGUUUCCGAGCUUUUGGAACCCGGGUUGCUUGAGUUAGAUCCUGAAUCAUCCGAAUGGGAAGAGUUUUUGCUAGGUGUUAAGGUAGGGUUGCUUUGUACAGCGCCCGAUCCACAGGACCGACCCACAAUGGCAGACAUUGUAUUCAUGUUGGAAGGAUGCCGGGUCGGCCCUGAUAUACCAUCAUCAGCUGACCCCACCUCUCAACCCUCCCCUGCUUAGAGACCCGGGUCCGCAUUGACCCGAAAAUAACCAGAGUUAGUUUUUUUUUUAAAAACAUUAAUUUCUAUUGAUGUUUUCCAAUGAUUUUAUUGUAGUACUUUUAGUUCAGGAGUUUGGUAUUAAAUAUCUGUCAUUUUAGUGUU